CGAGCAGAGACGCAACACACUCGACCACUCUGUUCUCUCCCCACGACGCCAACCCUAAUCCCUAAGCUAGCGCUGCCAGCGGCGGCGGCGGCUGGCCAGGUCUCCAGGAGUGGGCGGGGCAGGCAACGGCGAGUGACGGCGGGGCAGCCAGUGGCAGGGCAGGCAACGGCGGCGCAGUCGGGGGCGCUAGAGGGCGGCGGCACCGCGGCAGCAAGCGGCGUCUCCAGCCAGGGCCUAGGCGCCUAGCAGCAGCAAUAGCAGUCCGGCCAUCCGGCCGUCCGGCCACUUCUGAGUCCGGCCGGCGCAGUCACGGCCAGAUUGCCUGAAGAUGGAAAGGAAGAGAAGGCAGUAGGAAAUCCAAAGGAAAGGGGAGGAGGUCGUAGCGGCAGAGAUCCCUGCCGGCUUUGAAUAAAUAAAGACCAGGAUGAAUUUCAAAAAAAAAAAAAACUCGGCUGCUUCAUCUCGAUAGCCGCCGGCACCUCUUCACAGAUCCAUCCCUGGCCGGCGCAUCCCGUCCCCGUUGUGCAUAGGCGCGCGGAACCAAUUAUACGCGCCUGGCUGCAAAGAUGCAGAGAGAGAGGAGGAAGAGGGGCCAUGAAGCCAGUCAUGGUGACACUUGUGAAGAACGCAUUAUAGAGCGAAAGAAGACGAAGAGGGACCAAGAAGCUAGUCGCAACUCAUUGGUUUCAAGUAUUAUUUCUAAAAAAAUGCAGAUAUUUUGGCUGCCGACAGAGAAGAGCAGGAGGGACUAUUUGAUGUCAACAGUUACUCCUCGCCAAAGACGCAUGAUAGAGCGAAUGGUGCAACUCAACAAGACCUGGGACAAGCUCAAUGAAGAUUAUCUGGAACGAUUUGGAUGUCCUGAUACACCUGUUUCAAAUCGGAGUUUUGUAGAGAAGCCAUUUGGUUAUGCGGCUUCUGAUGAUUCGUUGUUGACUUCCAGUGUUGUCUCACUUGCUUUAUAUGAUGGAGAUAAGAUGUUAUUUGCAUGUUCGGGCGUAGCUUUAGGGCGUAAGGGAAGGGCGUAUCCAGUAGUAUCAAGAUUUGUGACUUCAAAACGUUUGGUUACAGAAUUUGAGAAAAACAGAAACAGAGCUGAUAAUUUGAGGAUUAAUGUGCGCCUUCAUGACAAAGAAAGUUUCGAUGGGUUCUUGGGACUAUAUGAUAGUCAUAUUGCUAUUGUCACGUCCUUUUGGUUCGCAAAUGUACCUCCUGUAGAUCUGCAUUCCCAUAUUGGUUGGCAGAAUGAUCUAGUAGCUUAUGGGCGAGCCUUCAGCUCGGGUAUUUUGAUGGCCACUUCUAAUGCCCCAACACAGCUGCUAGGUGCAGAUCAUCUGAUCAAGCAUGAUCUGAUCCCUUUCCCUUGUCCUGUCACAGAGGCUGGACUUGGAGGGCCAGUUAUUAAUGAAGCUGGGGAUGUUGUGGGAUUGAGCAUUAAGGUUGAUGUCGACGAGGAGACUACCUAUUUCCUACACCGUGUGGCGCUUCUUGCACGCUUGGAAUAUUUGGAGAAGUUAAUGCCAAACUCUACCAACUUCCGUGAAUAUACCUUGCCUGAUGGUGUAAACAGCAUAGUCCCAUCAGGGUUUAUGGCACAUGUUAACUAUUUAAAAUCAUGCGGAUAUCCUCAGCCACCACCACUUGUGCUCGAAGUUAAUGGGAGAUUGCUUAAUACAUUUGAAGAGGAUUUUGGUCAAUUAUAUGGUUAUGAGGACUGUGAUAGCAAUUUCUAUGAUCGUAGCUCUGAGGAGCAGGUCUGGGAUAAACUUCGAAAAAAAGUUGUUACAAAUAUUUGCCGGCGUGUUGUCUCACUUUCUUCAUACGACGGAGAUGUGAGAUCUUUUUCAUGUACAGGCCUACUUAUAAAGUGGCAUAAAACUGGUACGCCUGUUAUUCUGACUUCGGCCAGUUUGGUUAGAAGUCGGGUUGAUGAAAAUGAGAUUGAUGAGAAACUGAAGAUUAAGGUACUUCUCCCACCGAAACAGGUCGUUGAUGGGACACUGGAACUGUACCAUUCAGAUUAUAACAUUGCUGUCAUCAGUCUUCAGAAGCCUCUAUAUGGUAUUCGGCCAGAGUAUAUUUUCCGCACGGCGAAAAGGCCUCCAAGAGUAGUAGCUAUAGGGCGUGGGGCUCAGGAUGGAUUAUUGAUGGGGACAAUUGGUAAAGCGGUCAAGAAGCUCGCAGGCGACAAACUUCCUUGCGAAGACCUUAAGCUUUCUACUUGUAAAAUCACGAAGGUUGGGAUUGGAGGGCCACUUGUUAAUAUUGUUAAUGGAUUGUUUGCUGGCAUGAACUUCUAUGGUGAAACUGAUGUAACUCCUUACCUGCCGAGGGCAAUCAUUGUGGAAGUUUUAAGCGGGACUGAUCUCCCAUCUCAUAAAGGAAUGGACCAUGCCACUGACAUAAUGGGUGCCGCAACAGUUAAGAAAAACAGGUGGCGGGUGCCUAAGCCAUAUUGGUACCAUCCCCUAUUUGAAGAUCGUCGUCCUCUACAUUUUUAUGGAAGGCAACUCCAGUAAUCCUAUCUACCGCUGCGCCAGUUCCACUGCCUAGCAAGUAUUUUAUCGUGGUACUUUGUAGAUUUAUCACAUUAUUAGGGUGUUCUAAUGGUUCUGCAUAAAACUUUAUAUUAAGCAUUAGAACGGCUCUGCAGAAGUUGAAGCUGCAGACACUAAUCUGGACUGUUGUCACCUUGACUUUGUUUGACAUCGACUUUUAGUUGUUAUUAUCACGCAUGUGGUCAUUACCCA